AUGUCACCUCCCAACUUCUCUUUUUUCCAGUACGAGCCGCUGCCGACUUCCACCAGCAUCCGCCUCCUGACGGUUCGCAAUCCGUUGGCAAAAGCAUCCCCCACAAUCUGCGGUGUCACCCUGCUGUCUUGCAAGCUUGUCACUGUCGAUCUCAAGGACAAGCCGAAUUUCAACUGCCUCUCCUACACAUGGGGCAAUCCAAACCCCCUGGACCAGAGUGUGGAUGGCGGCGUGGACCCAUUCGCGCCGCACAACCAGUGGCCCAUUACUGUCAACGGUCGCCUGUUCUUCAUCACCAAGAACCUCUACGAUGGUCUAAGCCAGCUCAGAGUCGAUGAGUGGUCUGACGAUGCCGAAGUUGAUUCUCGGUAUGAGCCCUACAACAAGACCAGGCUCAUCCAGGCCGCCGAGGACGGUCGAUACGACGAUGUUGAGGACUCGCUUCGUCACGGUGCCGGUAUAAAUAACGUCGACUGCUUCGGCGAGACCGCUCUUCACUAUGCGGCAGAAAAUGGCCAUGUGGAGAUUGUCGAGCUCUUGCUCGCCCAAGGCGCGGAUCGUACCAUGAUUGACAGCACCGACCGCACCCCGUUAGACUGCUGCGUACAGCGCAAGCGCAGACGCUACCUCGACAUUGCCCGCAUACUGGAAAACGUAUCAGAGACCUCUGUGACAGUUUCUGGUCCCGGCGUGCGACACCACAGAUCCAAGCCGAUUUGGAUCGAUGCAAUCUGCGUCAAUCAGCAAGAUGUGACGGAGAGAAACACCCAGGUCUCGAUGAUGACGCAAAUAUAUGGCCAGGCUCAGUCUGUCAUCAUUUGGCUGGGCGGCUUUUCUUCAGAGACUGCUGCGAGUGAGUUGCAUCACACCUUGCCAACAAUCCUAUCCUCGUCGGCCGAGUGUUUCAAACGCUCAUGGGAAGCUUGGCACCGUCGCCGCAAAAAUGGGGAAAGCGACGAAGACGACCAAGAGAUUCAAAAUGGAACAAUUCUCUCUUCAGAAAAUCUGGACAUCGUGCUAGACUUCGUUCGCAGGUCGUAUUUUCAUCGAAUAUGGGUUCUGCAAGAAGUUGCCUUGGCACGAGACGUGCGAAUCAUGUUUGGAGGCGACGAUCUUCCCUGGGCUGCACUGUUCCAGGUAUUUCAAGAGGCCAUCGAUUUCGAAUAUGUCGGCAUGAACUACAACACAAAAGUGAUCAAAUACCGCUACGGCGACAUGGGCACUCUGGCAUGGUCGUUGGCUGAUGUGAGGCUGCAUUCGCGGCGCACCAGACUUGAAGACAGCAUUGUAACCGCGCAGCUCCAGUCUCUGCGUGAGAACAAUCCGGAUUUCGUGUCCUUGGAGCACAAUUGGUGGCAUUCGAAGCUUCCCCUUUCGACACUUAUUGCAUUGACUUGGAAUUUUGCCGCAACGGAUCCUCGCGAUAAAAUCUUUGCAUUGCUGGGCAUUGCGCAACCCGUGCCUGGCGACGAUCCCAUCGUUCCGGACUAUCACAAAACCAUCACUGAGGUAUUUACACUAGUCGGCAAGGCCUAUAUCCAAGCAAAGGGGGAUAAUCGAUACCAAGACUGGAGGAGCGGGGAGAUUGAAGACUUUGAGCCGCUGGAGGCGCUAUCCUUUGUCCAAGACAUUAGCGAGCGCCACGAAGGUUGGUGUUGGGUGCGGCCGUUUGCCGAUACCCAUAACCUGCUUCCCCGGCCGGACGACUUGCCUUCCUGGGUGCCGUCUUUCCAUUGGCCGUUGGCCACCAGACGCUUGUUCAGCACAAAGUUCUGCGCCGCCGGACUGACCGUGCCGCAUAUCUACCCGUUUCAGUCUGAUAUUUUGCAGCUCGACGGCCUAAUGGUCGACACUAUUACCCAUGUGGAGCAGCAGCGUCAUGCCGAGUCGCACUGCUACUGCGGUACAGCCAAUGUGCUCGGGUGGCUCAAGACCAUGGCCACCAUCGACCCCAUGUACCCGACAGGAUGCGAUCGCGUCGAGGCACUGUGGCAGGUUCUGAGCGCCAACUGCUACCUGAAGCGCGCAUUUCCUCUUACGGCUUAUAGCUACGCCGAGGAUCCCGUCGGGGAAGACUUUUCCGAGUACGUCAAGGAUACCUUGCCCAGCGAGCUGGUGGACCUGGGACUGUGCGACGCGGACGGUGUGCCAAACCCCGAGACGGCAGGCUGGCUUCGCGACGUCUUUGUUCAAGACACGUCUGGCUCAUUACCCGACUUCGAGGACAUUCUGAAAGCUGUCAAGGAGGCCAAGCAGGAAAAGAACAAUGACGGCGAGGAAACGGAAGACAAGGAGCACCAAGGAAGUGUGGUCGCUGAAGAGCACGAAGAGCAAAGCGAGACGAGGGGAGAAGACGAAGAUGGUGGUAAUCAAGCAGAAGCAGAGGAAGCCCAAAAUGGCGAUGUGCACAGAGAGCUUCCACACAGGGGCGCCGCUGACGAUCAAGCCCAGAAUGAUGUGUCGGGUGAAGAGAUUGUGACUACAAACGGAGUUGAGGAGAAAAAUGCACAAAUAGAGGAAGGCAAGGAGACCGAAAGGGAAUAUGAGGACGAGGAAGAUGCGCAAACAGUGGAAGGGCAGGAGACGGAAGAGGAAGACGAGGACGAGAAAGAAAGCGAUGGCGUCAAUUCGUUUGAGUACUUUAUGUGGUGCGUUUGGCCCCUGCGCCGCGUCAUGUCGACGGCCAACGGUUAUCUUGGCCUUGUGCCGCGGGCCGCGCAACCAGGCGACCAGGUCUGGCUGUUUUCUGGCGGACGUACGCCCUACAUCAUUCGCCCCACAGGCCGGCCAGGCCAAUUCACCUUUGUUGGCGAAGCCUACGUACAUGGCAUCAUGGAUGGCGAAGCAGCCGAGGGUAAACAAGACGGCUUUAAGCCAGUCCAGCUCGUAUGA